AUGAUGGAAACCAAUUUAAUCGAUCGAGUUGAGCUUUACUCUCUAAAGAAUGAUUCCUGGAGAGAAAUCCCUCAUGUUGACAAUGUACUUACCCGACAUAUUCCGUGUUUAGAUGACAACUAUGGAGUUUCUUACAAUGGAAUUUGUCACUGGCAAGCAGUAGAUUCUGACGGUAAGAGACUUAUUAUGUCAUUUGAUGUUGGAGAUGAGGUGCUUGAGAAAUUGCCUCUGCCAGAUUUGGAUGGCUAUGACUAUUAUAAAUCCCAACAUGCGAUUCUUAAUGGAUUGCCUGCUGUUAUUUUUGUCAAACUGGAACGGUCAGAGAAAUGUCUUGAUGUAUGGGUGAUGUCUGAACAUGGAGCGAAAAAAUCUUGGGUCAAAUUACCAAGUAUUGGACCAUUUUCAGGCAUUCAGAGGCCGUUAGGGUUUUCGAAGAAUGGUGAAUUGUUUUGGGAAGACAUAAAGGGGCAACUCGUCUUAUAUGAUGCCAGUACUCAACUGGUGAAAAAUCUGCAACUCAGUGGGUGUAGUAAUACUCUACAAGUGUCCAAGACAGAGAUGUUGCAUGACUAA